UCUGGCUGCCCCAGCAGGUAGCAUAUAGAGCGCAGCUGGAAGCAGGGGUCAGCCAGGAGCACUGACGUGGCUCUCUCCGUCCUAGUGGGAGAGGGUGCAGGAGGAGUUAGGAGGCUGGGACCUGAGAGCACUAUUGCAGGGGUGGGGGCAACAAUCCAGCCCACCCCACAUCCCUAUUUCUCACCCCCCAAAAGUCCUAAAUCUCAGGACUCACACAGCCAGGAUGCCAGUUUGAGGAGCACCACCAGGAAGUAGUGCAAAGCCCACCUGCCCCCUAGUGCACAUUAACCCUUAAAAGGAAACAGCAGCUUAAAGGCUUGCCUCCUACAGUCCCUUGCUGCUGUUCAGCGCGCCGCGGGCAUCGCAUCGGCAGACCCAGCGCCAGCUGGGUCAUUGGGGACUGAGUUGCGCCCCCUCUGGCGGCCACGGGGGGGACUUUGCUCGCUGGGGCCACGGCUGUCCCGCCCCCUCCAACAGGAGCCAAUGAAAGCCCGAGGCUCCGCCCCUGAGUAAUCGCCUCCCAGAGAGUAUUUAGAAGCGAAGUGUUGAGAAAAACACUCAGAGCUGGGGAGACCCAGAAAGGGAGUGCCGGGAGGAGCGCAGCCCCAAGUCACAACCUGCAACUGGGGAGCAGGAGUGGCCUCCCCCGCCACCAAUGGUCCUUCAGCGCCACGCGUUGAGCCAGGGCAGGAGUGGGUGAGCCCCGGAGCUGCACCCCACGCGGAGCUACCGGGGUGCCGCCGCCGCCAUGGCCUGGCUGGUGCUGCUGGGCGCACUGCUGUGCACGCCGGGAGUCGAGUCAAGUCCCCUGGGCUGCGAGGCCCCCUCGUCCUCCGCGCCCCAUAACUGCCCUGACAACUGCACCUGCGCUGCCGACGUGCUGAGCUGCGCCGGCCUUGGGCUGCCCAGCGUGCCGGCCCCAUUACCUGCAGCCACUGCCGACCUCGACCUGAGCCACAAUGCGCUCCAGCACCUGUGCCCUGGCUGGCUGACGCCCCUCUUCCGACUGCGGGCCCUGCGCCUAGGCCACAACGAGCUGCAGGCGCUGGGUCGCGGAGUCUUUAUCAAUGCCAGCAGCCUGCGCCUGCUCGAUUUAUCAUCGAACGCGCUGCGGAGGCUGGGCCGCCAUGACCUAGAUGGACUGGGGGCGCUGGAGAUGCUGCUACUGUUCAAUAACCGCCUGGCGCACUUGGACCAACUUGCCUUCCAGGGCCUGGGCGCGCUCCGCCGGCUCUACCUGGGUUGCAACGAGCUGUCCUCCUUCUCUUUUGACCACCUGCACGGUCUAAGCCCGACCCACCUCCUCACCCUGGAUCUCUCCUCCAACCACCUGGGAAAUAUCAGCAUACCUGACCUGGCCGCGCUGCCAGCCUCUCUCAAGAACGGCCUUCACUUGCACAACAACCCGUUGCCCUGCCACUGCCGCCUCUACUACCUGCUGCAACGGUGGCACCAGCGGGGACUGAGUGCUGUGAGCGACUUUGCACGCGAGUACACGUGCCUGGCUUUCAAGGUACCCACGUCCCGGGUGCGCUUCUUUGAGCCCAGCCGCAUCUUCGAGAACUGCUCGGCCACCCUGGCUCGGGGUCUGGACCAGCCUGAAGAGCAGCUGCAUGUGCAGGUGGGUGAAUCUCUGAGGCUGCACUGCAACACCAGUGCCCCCGCCCUGCACGUUGCCUGGGUCUCCCCACAGCACGAGCUGCUGGUGGCGCCAGGCUCCCCUGAUGGAGGCAUUGCAGUGAUGGGUGACGGCAGCUUGGCCAUCAGCAACGUGCAGCCACAGCAUGAGGGCGUCUUUGUGUGCCUGGCCACCGGGCCCCACCUGCACCACAGCCAAGUACAUGAGUACAACGUGAGCGUGCAGCGCCUCCACCCCGAGCCCGAGGUUUUCAACACCGGGUACACCACGCUGCUGGGCUGCGCCGUCGGCCUGGUGCUGGUGCUGCUCUACCUGUUCGCACCGCCCUGUCCCGGCUGCCGCCGCUGCUACCACCGCACCUGCCGCUGCUGGCCCCGAGCACCCAGCCCACUCCAGGAGCUGAGUGCACAGUCCUCGGUGCUCAGCACCACGCCACCCGAUGCACCCAGCCGCAAAGCCAGUGUCCACAAGCAUGUGGUCUUUUUGGAGCCAGGCAGGAGGGGCCUCAAUGGUCGUGUGCAGCUGGCAGUAGCUGAGGACUUUGAUCUCUACAACCCCAUGGGCCUGCAACUCAAGGCUGGCUCCGAGUCCACUAGCUCCACAGGCUCUGAGGGGCUGGUGAUGACCUAGGCUGCCCAGGGUCCCCACCCAGGCCACCGCCUGUCUGUUGCUUGCCUGCUCCCUGCUGCCGUGCAGAGACUGCCAGAUGCUGGUGGGACGCGCUGGGCUGGGUGUGCCGGCCGCCAGCACAGGCCUCCACCUGCACCACAGU